AUGCCCCACUAUGACGGACUUUUCCACUUUAUCUGGACACUUCCUUUUACUCUACUCGUUUUCUCAGGAUCAUCACAACCCCGUCCAACUGCUCUCCCAGUAAUCGACCACUCAACAGCAACAAGUAUGAGCUGGUUCCAGAAGCAAUUCACCCUGCCCGCCAAGUCGCGAGGAUCUUACCUUAUCACUGAUCAGGUUGUCUCUUCUCUUCCUGAGAUUCGUGACUUCAAAGUUGGCCUUUUGAAUCUUUUCGUUCAGCACACAAGCUGUGCUCUGAGCUUAAACGAGAACUGGGACUCUGAUGUUCGUGAGGACAUGAGUGAUGCUCUGGACAGAAUUGCUCCGGCCGAGGGACCAAAAGGAGAGGCCCUUUACCGACAUGAUGCUGAGGGUCCUGACGACAUGCCUGCUCAUAUCAAAUCUGCACUCAUUGGAGCGAGUGUCACCAUCCCCAUCAAGGAUGGAAAGCUGGCUACUGGAACAUGGCAAGGAAUCUGGUAUCUCGAGUUCCGCGCAGCCCGCCAUCAGCGACGAGUCGUCGCAACUAUCCAGGGGGAAAAGGCUUAAGAAAAAUAUACAGUGGAAAUACGCAUUGAUGUAUAAAAAUAGAAUGUUGAUCCUUUAAAGU